ACUGAGGCUGAGUGGUGGACACCAACAAAUAUUGAUGGGAUACCAAUACUUUUCAGUAACUGAGACAACAUUUUUAGCAUAGAUCUUGAUCCGUAAACAGUAUGGCUCCGUCGAGGAAGAACAAAAAGAAGAAGCCAAGCUUCCGCAAGUUGCUGAAGACAAGCAACUUAAAACUUGAAAACAAGCUUAAGAAUCGGCAAUUUAAGCAGCAAAGCACCGCAAAGAAACACCGCAAAGAGCAGCGGAAGCUCCGACAGGCCCUUACCGAUGCGUCGCAUCCGACUCCAGCUCCUCUGGAGACGUGUAAGAAGAGGCCAGGUACACGAAACUUUAUCUCCCUGGAUGAGGAAGAAGAAGAGUUCAUCGAAUCUUUACCCAUUGACAUGAUGGAUGAAGAUGAUCUUGAACAGAUCAAGGCACUGGCACAGAAAGCAUCUUUCCUGACUCGAGACCUUUCCUCCUGUGCUCCUGCACAUGCUAAGAAACGCAAGUCUGAUCAACCAGUUGAGAAAUAUGAAAAAGUGCCCCGGAAGAUGAAACAAGAAGAGGAAAAGGAAGUAAUUCACUUGCUGCCAAUCAAAGAUAAGAGUGGCCUUAUCCCUCAAACAAUGGAGAAGCCAGGUACAUCGGUACCAAAAGAGGAGGAGGGAGAGGAGCAAGUCGAGGACCAGAACGAGUCUGAAAAAGAGAUGGGUGUACCUUUGACCCCUCAGGAGCAGUUUGAGCUGCGUGCAGAGAAGCUGAUGGAAAAGAGGCAACGCAUUGCCAACCUGGCAUCUGCUAUCCUGGCAGACCCGUCUGCCAACAUCAAGAAACUGAAGGAGCUAAGAACUAUGCUGGUGGAGACAGACCCGUACGUGGCAGUUACAGUCAGGAAACUGGUCAUGGUCUCUCUCCUGGAAGUCUUCAAGGACAUUGUGCCGUCCUACAGAAUCAGACCUCUCACUGAAGAAGAAAAGUCUGCAAGGGUUAAAAAAGAAACCCAGCAACUACGAGAAUUUGAAGAGGGUUUAGUGAGUCAGUAUAAAUUCUACUUGGAGAACCUGGAACAGACAGUCAAAGACUGGAAACAGAAGAAACAGAAGGGCAGUCAGGCGGUGUCCCUGCAGUCGUAUAAAGGACUUGCUGAGGUCGCCAUCAGAUGCAUCUGUGAACUGCUGGUGGCCCUCCCUCACUUCAACUUCCACAACAACAUCGUCGUGGCUGUGGUGCCUUUAAUGAACGACCCUUCCAAGAAGGUGUCAAACAUGUGCUGUGAGGCUGUGGGAAAGAUGCUAAAACACGAUAAAUUUGGCCAGGCCUCAUUAGCACUGGCGAAGGUCGUAUCUGGACUGGUGAAAAGCAGGAAUUAUGACGUCAGACCGGAGGUGCUGAAUACCCUGCUGUGUCUGAGGAUAAAAGAGGUAGACGUUAAAAAGGACACGGAAGAUACGGCCCCGAAGAAGAAGUUCAUGACGUUUAAAGAGAAACAGAAGAAUCUUUCCAGAAUGCAACGGAAGUGGAAAAAAGCUGAAGAAAAACUACAAAAAGAACUAAUGGAGGCUGAGGCAUCUGAAAGUAAAGACAAGAAGCUCAAAUUGCACACAGAGACGCUGAACAUUGUGUUCCUGAUCUACUUCAGAAUACUGAAGAAAGCUCAGAAGUCUGUUUUGUUGCCCUCCGUUUUAGAGGGUUUAGCAAAGUUUGCCCAUCUGAUAAACUUGGAGUUCUUUGAUGAUUUGUUGACGGUUCUCCAUAACCUCAUUUUGUCAGGCGAUCUGACGUAUCGCGAGAGUCUCCACUGCAUACUGACGUCCUUCCAUAUCCUCUCAGGACAAGGCGACGUCCUCAAUGUCGACCCGCUGAAAUUUUAUACCCAUCUUUACAAAACCCUGCUCACACUGCACGCAGGGAGGUCGAACGAGGACACUGGCAUCGUGCUGCAGUGUUUGGACGUCAUGCUGACCAAACGCAGGAAACAGGUCACCCUUCAUCGGGCGCUGGCCUUCGUCAAGCGACUGAGCACGCUCAGUCUUCAUGUGCUGCCAGACUCUAGCGUGGGCAUCCUGGCAGCCAACAGAUCGCUCAUGCAUGCUUUCCCCAAGUGUGACAUCCUGUUGGAUAAUGAGAUGCAGGGCAGUGGUGUGUAUCUGCCUGAGCUGGAUGAGCCAGAAUACUGCAACCCCCAGAACACCUCACUCUGGGAGCUGCAUGCUCUCAAGAAUCACUACCACCCAAUUGUGAGAAGACUGGCCACACAUCUGAUGGUUGGUGCCCCAAGUGAAGGCGCAGGAGCACUGAGCAUGGAGCUGAGCAGAAAGUCUCCAAUUGAGCUGUUUGAAGAUUACAGCGUUAAGGAAAUGACCUUUAACCCGCCGGUGGCAGCCCCUCCCUCGAAGAAAAAGGAGCAGUUCACCAUUGGUCAUGCCUUUUUGGACUCUGAAUUAAAAGGACAGAUUGACAUUGCUGUUCAAGCAGAGAAUGACCAAAAAUCUCUAGACUUUGCUGCAAAUCUCACACAGAAUCAGAGUUAAAUACGAUGGUGUGGACAGGGGGUCUGGCUUCUGUU